AGAUAUGAGCUAAAAAUCGUAGUAGCGGCACAAAAACAAAAAUAAACUACAACAGCAACGACAACGACAACAACAACCAUGAGGAAGUGCGGAAUUAAAACAAAAAUUGUAAAAAGUAUUCUAAAUAGCAUGAAACAAGCGUAUGAAUGAAACAACAAAAGUCAGCCGUCCGUCGUCAGACGGCAGAGGCGGUAGACGUUGAAAAAGCAGAAGAACAAGCAAGAAGCAGUAGCGGUAUUUGACGAGUUAAGCGAACGCGAUGAUCGUAGUGUUGGUUGGUAGUCGCCGACGUAAUGUUGGGUGGGAUCGUUCAGAUCGUUGGGAACGACGGUAAAUUUUUCAAAAUAUAAAUAAAUAUACCACAGAAAUUGAAAAUACAAAAAUUACAAAAAAAUCGAGCGUGUGAAGUGAAAGAAAUAUUCUUAUCGGCGCGGUGCAGUGGCGUAUGUGUUUAGAACAAAUUGCAGAAUAAAGAAAAAAAGCGACUAAAACAAAACGGAUUAAGUGAACGCGUGAAUUUCUAACUGCGGCAGCAAGAGGGAGAUAUUGUGACACGAAAUCGCUGAACAAAAAGGAAAUAAUGGAUACCAAACCGCCUUCGACACCUCUUAGCAAUGGCAAUGGUAAUGGGAACGGUAAUGCCAACAGUAACCACACCCACAACAGCAGCAGCAACAGCAAUGGCAGCAGCUACCACCAUCAUCGCGCGCCGCGCACUCCCGAAAGCUACUUCAAUGUGCCGGAAUCGAUCGCGCUGCUGAAUAUCGUCAAAUCGGAGCGCAUACAAAGCGCCUUCCAAUCGAAUCGCAAGAAUCACGCCAGCGUUUGGGAAAUGGUCGCCGAAGUGCUGAAUCGCUUUAGUGCGCGCAAACGCUCCGCCAAACAGUGCUGCAAUCGUUAUGAGAAUUUGAAAAAGAUCUACACACAACUGAAGAAGAAUCCCGAACGCCAUGUGCGUCGCAAUUGGCCUUACAUGUUUCUUUUCAAAGAGAUCGAGGAGCAGCGCGGCGAGUGCUGGGGUUCGGCGAAUGGCAAACGCUUGGCUUUGAUAGCGAAGAGUCACAAAGAACUGUCCUACUAUCAGCGCCGGCGUCAGGCUGCUGAGCUGGGUGUGGCGUAUUUGGGUAAAGAAGCGGCUGCGGUCAUGCAACAUAGUCUCCUGCAAAGCCUCUCCACUGAUUCCAGCAGCAACAACAGCAAAAUGGAACGCUUUCUGCCCAACCACUUUGUGGAAGCGCAGCUGGGCGACGGUUUGGGCGGUGGUAUGGGUCUAUAUGACGAUGGUCCGCCUAUGCAUUUGCCCGGUGGCGCAAGCGCAGCAGCGGCUGCAGCAGCUGCGGCGGCGGCGGUAGCAAUGAAUGCGGUCAUGCAGAAGGAGCAGGAAAUUCGCGAAAGUGCGGCUAACGAGAGUGUUGUUAGCAUGGAGAACGGGAAUUGCAGCGCGGCACCACAUGCGCCCGAGUUAAAUGGCGCGCUGCCCUUGAAUGGUGGUGCGGAGAUACCCAAUGGCGUUGGGGGUGCAACAGGUGGUGGUGGUGUGGGUGUGGGCGGUGUGGGCGGUGUGAACAGCUUGCUGACGCCACAUACCACCAAUGGCAUUAAGGAUGUGCUGCGACCGCACUUCGAUAAGGAAUGCAAUGGCGGUGGGCCAAUGGCUUUGACCAAUGGCGAAAACAAUAUCUCCAUGAAGUCUGAGCCUAUGUCCGACGGGGAAUUCAACCCAGAUGAUAUACAAUUAAUGCAGACGAAUUACAAUGGUUCCCAAAACUACUAUCCUCACAGCAUCGACCACAACAUCCUGCACCCGGACGUCAUAGUCGACACCGAUAACAUUUCCGAUUGCAGCAGCGUUAUCGGCGGUGAUGGCAUUGGCGGGUCUGCGAAAAGCAAGCGCAAACUCUCUACAUCCACCGAUGGCGGUGACAGCACAAACUACGAACUGAUCGAGUACUUAAAACGGCGCGAGAAGCGCGACGAGGAACUGCUGCGGCGCAUGGACGCGCGCGAAGAGCGUCUGCUAGCCUUAUUUGAGCGCACAGUAGUGGCCAUUGAGACGCUGGCGGGCAGAAAGCCAGCGGAAAGCAAGUAGUGAGGCGCUUUGGCGACCUCAGCGAAAUUAUGUGCCUUAACAGCAACACCAAACAAAACCAGUCAUUUAGCGGAGUAAGCGAAAUAGAUUUAAGUAAGUCAAGCCAAAAGGAGCAAGCCCAAAGCGCUAGCGGAGCCAAAGAACAAAUGCGAUGAGAUUUUUAUUUUUCUAAUUUAUUUUUUUCUUAAUUAAAUAUUUUUUGUUGUAACUAAUUUAGUGUAAUACUCAGUAAGGGCAAGUUUUUACUAUUUAAAUAUUUCCAUGUAGACUUACACACACGUACACAUAUUUAUAUACAGAAUUUUGUGCUUAAUUAUUUUAUAAGUGUAGUCGUAAGUAUAGGCUGCUAUUUCAAUUUAUUUGAAAUGUUGCCAAAAAUUUACUUAACUAUUUUAAUAUCUUGGAUGAGCGGAAACUUUUAAAUACUCAUAUUAUUUUGCUACAAUUUGUAACUUAUGUGCCAUUGUAUUUUAUUAAAAUACGAAAUAAGUGUAUGCAUUGAUAAAAAUAAGAAAAUGUCACAUUGUAAUACGCAUUUAGCUGCAUAAAAUUUAAAUUCACAAUAAGAGUGAGAAGUGAAACUUCUUAAACUAUUGCGCGCAAAU